AUUACUGCUUAGUACUUACUACUCCUUCCUCCUCCUCAAAAACAAAAGUACCAUUCCCAACCACUCCUUUUACCUCUUCCCCCUUCCCCUUUCUCUUCUUGUCUCUGCUCCAUUAAACACACUAUGCUAGUUUAGAUUCAACUGGUUUCAACCAGAGUAAAAAAAAUAUCUACCUCUGAACUGUGAAAGAAGAAUGGCUUAGACCCCAAAAAGAAAGUGCCUUUGAGCCACACUUCGAGGCUGCUUUUUCCAGAACGAGAACCACCCUUCACUGAGACACACUUUUCUGCAUACCAUUUUUUAUAUUAAACAGCAAAAAAAGAAAAAGCAAGGAGCUUUAGUCUUGUGCGGAAGCAAGUUGAUCUCUUGAGGGAAGAAGGAAGAGGAAGAAGAAGAUGGGGUGCUGCCAUUCGAGGAUAGAAAGAGAAGAGACAGUGUCACGUUGCAAAUCAAGGAAGCGUUACAUGAAACAAUUUGUUCAAGCAAGACACGCUUUUUCCGCUGCGCAUGUUAUGUACAUUCGUUCGCUUCGUGCCACUGGUUCUGCUUUGCUUCAGUUCGCAAACGCCGAAACUGAAACCGUUGUUUUUCACCAUCUCCACCACCACCUUCCGCCGGACCCUCAGCCUAUUCUCCCCUCUCCUCCGCCGCGGGCUCCGGCUCCGAUGCCGCCUCCUCCGCCUCCCAUGAGUCCGAGCUCCGACACUUGGACGACGUCAAUGACUGCAUCCCCUCUUCCGCCGCCGCCUCCUCCGCCGCCGCCGCCGACUUCCGGUUGGGAUUUCUGGGAGCCGUUCAUGCAUCAGCAGCAACAGGCGCCUCCGCCGCCGUCUUCGAGGUCGGCGACGGAGGAGGAGUGGGAGGCGGCAACCACCACGACGGGGUCGGAGGUGGUGGUUAUGGCGGGGGGAGGCGGUGGUGCGGCGGCAAGCGUGACGGCUCCGCCGUCGAUGGUGAGUGGGUUCUCGAAGGGAACACAGAGCGAGCUUGCAAUGGUGGUUUCAAGAAACACGAAAGAUCUGGUUGAAGUUAUAAAGGAGCUUGAUGAGUAUUUUCUCAGAGCCGCUGAUUCUGGUUCACAAGUUUCGUCGCUGCUUCAAGUUCCAAGUUCUGGUUUUUCUCAUCAGAGCAAAGGAAGUAAAGUGUAUGGUUAUGGAUGGCCGUCGCUGUUGACAUGGAGUUCGAGUCCGAAGCUGAAUGGAUUUGGCAAGUUGGCUGAGGAAAAUCCUCUUUCUGUGGGUGGUUUUGGGGGUAAUACUGUUGGCGGCGGCGGCAGUGGUGGUCACUGCUCAACUGUGGAGAGGUUAUAUGCAUGGGAGAAGAAAUUGUACCAAGAGGUUAAGAAUGCUAAGAUAAUAAAGAUGGAGCAUGAGAAGAAGGCAGCACAGCUAAGGAAGUUUGAGUUGAAGAGGGCUGACUAUGUGAAGACGGAAAAGACGAAGAAAGAGGUCGAGAAAUUAGAAUCACAGAUGAUAGUUGCCUCGCAGGCCAUUGAAACCACCUCCUCCGAAAUCAUCAAAUUAAGAGAAAUAGAGCUCUGCCCUCAACUCAUUGAUCUUGUCAAAGGAUUAAUGUGCAUGUGGCGGAGCAUGUAUGAAUGCCAUCAAGUUCAAAAGCACAUAGUUCAGCAGCUGGAAUACAUCAAUACCAUACCAUCGACUACCCCAACUUCCGAGAUUCAUCGGCAGUCAACUCUUCAGCUUGAGGUUGAAGUACAGCAAUGGCACCAAUCCUUCUGCAACCUCUUCAAGGCUCACAGAGAUUAUAUCCAAUCCGUCACAGGCUGGCUAAGGCUUAGCCUUUUCCAGUUUGGCCGAACCCCACUGAGCAGGACUACCGAGGAGUCAAAGAUAUAUGCCCUCUGUGAAGAAUGGAACCUCGCUGUUGAUCGUAUACCGGACAAGGUUGCAUCUGAAGGAAUUAAAAGCUUGUUGACUGUUAUUCAUGCAAUUGUAGUUCAACAGACAGAGGAGCAUAAACAAAAGAAGAGGUCAGAUUCUGCAUUCAAAGAGCUCGAGAAGAAGGUUGUUCAGCUUCGAUCUCUUGAGUGCAAAUAUGGUCCAUACUCCAUGCCAGAGUCCUCUGGUACCAUGCGGACCAAGGACCCCGUCAGCCAGAAGCGUGCUAAGGUGGAAUCUUUGAGAGCGAAGGCCGAAGAAGAGAAGACUAAACAUGAAAAGGCAGUGAGCGUAACACGGGCGAUGACAUUGAACAACUUGCAGAUGUCAUUCCCCCAUGUUUUUCAGGGAAUUGUGGGAUUUUCAAAUUUGUGCACUGAGGUUUUUGAGUCUGUAUACAACAAGGCCAAAGCUGUUGGACAGGAACAUGAAUUGAAAAGAAUAUUGCCAUAGGAGAAUUGACAUGGAUGUAUAGAUGAUCCCCUUGCAAAACAUAUCUAUAAAUUGUACUUACACCUAGUAAUAUUAUCGGGAAGGCAAAUGAAAGAGUGCAAUGUAAUUUCACUCAGUAUUUUUGUAUGACUCAUUUUAGUGCUGAAUCCUCAUAGCAGUGGAAGCAGAAGCUGCAAAGUUUGCUGGGCAAAGGAGCUGAAUGAACUUCGGCUUAGAAUUUCACUUGGUUUGUUUACAUUGUGCUGUUUAUAUAACACAUACUUGAUAAAUGUUGAAAUUAGGAGGAAAAGUUUGUAACCAUGGUUUUGCUUUCCUUUUAGGAUAUGCUUAUGUUGAGUGAAUGUAACAUGCUUCUUAAGCUGAGGCAUUAAUUGGAAUCAGAAAAAGUUAAAAAAUUCACUUGCAUUGUCAUUAAUGCAUUAG